CAUUGGUUAUUUUAUAUUGUUUCAAACCUUGAGGGAUGCAGCUGAUGGUUGAGGAGGCCUAAACCACAUUACCAGACGGUGCAGGUAUAGUACAUCAUGGCAGAUUAUGACCCUACAAGUCUCAGGAAUGUUUUGAAUGCUUUGAAAAACAGCGAAAAAUUGAAACAUUGGGACAAACCUCCGAGAGAUUUUGGUCCAGACAACCCAGAGGACUCUGACUAUAAUAGGAAUGGUUUGAAGGACGUGGGAGACUUAAGCAACAUUACCAUCUCACCCGGAUGUUCAUUCAUAUUUGAUGUUGAUAGUGAAGAAGACCCUGAACCUAAAUCUGCUAAAUUUGGAACUUCCUGUGACAUUUAUAAUGUGAGUAUGGAACCGGAAGAGGAGUUGCCAGAAGUUUCCCGGUGUAACUCCCUGGUGAUAGCACAAAGGGCUCAAGAGCAGUGUAGAACACUGCAACAAAUUGAAGUAAUGUCCCUUGAGGAGGAGAACAGAUACAUAAUUUAUAAAAAUUCUAAAGCACGGCGUGAAGACUAUAUGAGGAAAUUAUCUUCAAUCCAGAUCAAAUAUGAUAAGGAUAUAGAACAAUAUUACCAUGACCGAGAUGAAAAAUUAAAACUCGAGGAACAUCGUCUUAGACAACAAGAGGAAGAUGCCAGCCUGGCUGUUAAACAGUGCAGUAAGUUUCCUUUAGAGUAUCAUCUACUUCUCUCCUAAACUGUUCACUUUACA